CACCAUAUAUUGAACAUGAAGAUGGCCUAGUGAUAUGGGACACGAAAACAUACCCAACAACCAAUGACGUUCUUGUGCGUCUUGUAAAAUUUAACAAAACAUGCGUCGACUCGAAAAUGCGUUUCCGUCUUAUUUCCGCCCAAGAUUCUUCGGUAAAUCCAAUCGAAUUCACAUACCCUGGAAUACAAGCUAUCAAUUUCUGUCAUCAUUUGAUUCGGUUGUUCCCGUUAAGCGGACAAUACUUUAUGGUGUCUUUUUUCACGCGAUUUUAUGAUUCAUCUACAUCGCCACCGAGAACUGUGUAUCAAGAGAGUGGGUUGGUGGUUGAUUGGUCUGCUAACGUUAUUACUGAGGUUCGAUUCGGAAAUGUCACAAUGAAUGAUAUUAAAAAUGUUAGGAGUGGAUUCGGUGCAGUGAACAGCAAUGGCUUUAUAUGGUCUAAUUUCUACGAGGGUUUAACUGUGCUUAGCUGGGCACAUUUUACUUUACAUGCAAGCAAAAAUUAUUUUUCGCUGAUUAAAAAUGGAACUGGCAACUUUCCAGUGACUUGGGUUAAACCGAGUGUAGAAGUUUUCCCGACUGCUGAUGAAGGAUCAUGGCACGCAAAAGCAUAUUUUUUAUCCUCAAAAUCAAACGUGUUAACAAUUUCCGAUGUCUACAUCUAUGAUCAACCCGCAACUAAAAUGAUUCCAGUCGACUGCACCUUAAAAAACAAAAACAAAAGCAACGGAUUCGCAUGCGUUCUAGAAAUAACAGGCACAAACAGCAUUUCAUACGAACUUGUAUCAUUCCUACGAAAAAACCAACAACAGCAAACUAGCAGCAAACUAUCACUAAACAUUAACACGGACGAAUUGAACGCGUGCAAGGUGAAACUGCUUUUAACAGGUGACGUUUUUGUCGCAGCGACUUAUAAGAAUAAUUCGAUAUCCGGGUAUAUUUAUAGUGAAGAUGGGACUUUUAAUCGUAUUUGGAAUUAUGAUCAAGCGAGAUCUCAUCCGUUAAUUUCUGGUAUUUUUCCGGAUAAUUCUGCUUAUUUGUUGGUUUCUACUGGAAAUGCGAGUACGCCGGCGACGACUCAGCCCGCUUUUGCUGUGAUCAACAAUUGGACUUUGAUUAGUAUUGAUUUCAAUGGUAUAUCAGGGAAACGUGUUGAAAUAGUCGUCAAUCGAAAAAAAACAACCCCCGAGAAAAACUCACUAACCCCAUUAGAACUCGAAGAAAUAUCAGUAACAUUCAAACAUCUAGUCGCAUUAUCAACUGGCAACCUAUCAAUCUACCAAGUAUUCGACAGUAAUAGCCCAUCAUCCUACCAUAUACUACGACAAAAGUAUCUCGUCAAUGCCUACGCAAAACUUAUAAACGCUAACAACAUCUCAAUCACGAUGCCGGUAAUGGAUAUCGAGAUCGUGAAUAAUUUUGUUUCUUUUAAUUUUUCGUCGUCGAUGGGUGUUUCUGAUUGGGUUGUUAAUACAGGUAACGGUAAUAUCGCCGAUUGCACAAUCCGUCUAACUAUCAAUGGCGCCUUCAUCUCACUUACCAAAAACUUCGAAUCAAUUAUCCCAUUACUCGAUGACUAUCUCUACGCGCCCACCACAUUCAAAUACGAUCCAAACAUCGAACAUAAAAAUAACAAUAAUAGUUGCGCGAAUGUAUCAAGCACGAUCUCGAAUUUAAAUACGCUGCUGAAAAAUAAGCGGAUUAGAACCGCUCCGCAGGGGCUCCUAGUUAAACGUAUCGCGAAAUUUUUUAAUGAUAUAAGCUUCGUCGAUGGUCUGUUUUUGGUUGCUUUCCUUUCCACAUUAACAUACUACAGAAGUCCAAAAGGCUCUUUAUCUCAGUGGAGUACUGCUUCAUCCCUGCUAAGUUCAUAUUCAUCCCUGCUAAGUCCAUAUUCAUCCCUGCUAAGUCCAUAUUCAUCCCUGCUAAGUUCAUAUUCAUCUCUGCUAAGUAAGUUUAAACUAUCAGUCGAAACGUAUGCAACAAAGCUUAAAAACAAGUUUGACGAAGCGUUAGUUCAAACUCAGGAAAAAAUUCAGGAAUUAACUAAAAAAAUAAACAACAGAAAAAUUCAACGUUCUGCUUUAGUUUCUUCACUUCCACAAAGCUCAACUUCAGCUUCAUCUCAGCGGAGUUCUGCUUUAGUUUCACCCCCACAAAUUUCAAAUUUCACUUCAUCCCUGCGAAGUACAUUUUCAUCUCUGCGAAGUACAUCUUCAUCUCUGCGAAGUACAUCUUCAUCUCUGCGAAGUACAUCUAAAGAGUUUGAACUAUCAGUCGAAACAUAUGCAACAAAGCUUAUAAACAAGUUUGACGAAAUGGUAUUUCAAACUCAGGAAAAAAUUCAGGAAUUAAUUAAAACUUCUACAUCGUCAGAAGAAUUAAUUGAAACUUCUGAAACUUCAGAAGAAUUAAUUGAAACUUCUGAACCGGCAGAAGAAUCAAUUGAAGCUUCCACACCGUCACCAAUAUUUACUAAAAAAGUAAACAACAAAAAAAUCCAACGUUCUGCUUUGGUUUCUUCACUUCCACAAAAUCAAACUUCAACUUCAUCUCCGCAGAAUUCUACAUCAGCUUCGCCUCCACAAAAUCCAAUUUCAGCUCCAUCUCCACGAAGUUCUUUUUUACACUUUUUUCCAACUUUAACUUCUCUUCUUCCUUCACAAAGUCAAACUUCUUCACUUCCACAAAAUCAAACUUCAGCUUCAUCUCCGCAGAAUUCUACUUUAGCUUCGCCUUCAUCUCCACUAAGUUCUGAAUUAGUUUCUUUUUUACAAAGUUUUCCUUCACGAAAUCUAACUUCAGUUUCAUCCCCGCGAAGUUCUGCAUUAGCUUCAUCCACACAAAGCCGCCGAACUUCUUUGUUUUCACUAAAUCCAACUUUAACUUCCCCUUCACAAAAGAGUUUUGAUAUGACACAAUUAAUUCAAAUUUCGAUCGAUUGUCAGCAUGAGAACAACAUCUGUCAAGAAUGUAUUGCGAGACAUAUUGAACAUGAGUUGCAAGAUAAAGGAAACAUUGAAAUUAGAUGUCCAGGUGAAAAUUGCAGAAAUGUGAUGACCGAAGAUUAUGUCAAAAAAUUAGCCAGUGAAGCGAUCUUCGAACGAUAUCAGCAAUUGUCACUUGUGUCGGUACUUUCACAAAUAGAAGAUUUCUACUGGUGCUUAAAUCCAAAUUGUCAUUCUGGUCAAAUUCAUUAUGAAGGAGAUGCAGCACCAAUAAUGACGUGUCAAUCCUGCUCAAAAAAAACAUGUGUUAUGCAUUCGCUUCCAAUUCCAGAUGGCUCACUAAUUUGUCCACAAUGCAUCAAUAUAACCGAAACAUUUGAUAAUGAGCAAGUCAUUACGCAAGAACCUAUAGCUCCACGACGCACCGACAGUCUAUCUUCGUUUGAAGAAGUCUUUAAUGAAAUUGAUAUGCAAGAAGAGAUAAGUCAAAUGCAACAACAAGAAGAGGCAAGAAGGCAAGAAGAAAGAAAUAGGCAAGAAGAAGAAAGAAAUAGGCAAGCAGAGAUAAAGAGGCAAGAAGAGAUAAAGAGGCAAGAAGAAGAAAGAAAUAGACAACAAGAGAUAAAGAGGCAAGAAGAUUUGCAGAAAGAAAUAAUUAGACAAAUGGAAGAAAAAUCAAAAGCUUAUAUUGAUUCUAUGACCAAAAAGUGUUCGAAAUGUAAGGCUAAUAUUGAGAAGAAUGAUGGAUGUGAUCAUAUGACGUGUCGCGCACCUAGAUGUGGAUAUGAAUUUUGUUGGCUUUGUUUCGCUGAUUAUGAUGCAAAAUUGCAAAUAUUAUGCUUAGUGAUCCAUCAAGAUUAG